GUUGGAUGAGAGCUGAGAUAUUCUUCUGAUCAUGAUUUGAAAAAAUAAUACCACUCAAACUCAACAUUCUUUUGGAUAUUUGUGUGUACAAAUCCAAGUCUUCCCUUAUUUCAAAGUUACAUCAAAGCUAUGUUUCUUCUAUAUAAAUUCUUUCCUAAUGCAACACUCACCACAGACACAGAGAGAAGAACUUCAAAGAGAAUGUUUCAUCGCAGGGUACUUAAACGUGGUGCCAAGUUAUAUAUAUCUAUCUUUUCUCUAAUCACAAUCUCUGCAAUAAUUUUUCUGAUCCAUGAUGAUGGUGUUAUCUACCAUGAUUCUCUAGAGGUGUUGCAGGGUCAAAGUCAUAGAAAUGAAGAAGAGAUAAAGUCAACUCUUGCUCUUGCUACCCACAUAGCUUUGCGUUCCAUGCAAGAACAGAGAGAUGGCGUUGAUAAAGGAAGUCAGAGAGUCCUAAUUGCUCCUCUGAAUGUUACUGAAGAAGAAAGAAUUGCUUGGUUUCGUGGGAAUUUGCACGAGUUCAAGAUUCUCAAGUCAAACAACUUGACAAGGCAAUUCCAUGCUCGGGUUCAAGGAUUCUUCAACCAUGAUCACCAGUGUGAGUCUCAGUUUUUCAUGACUUGGAUUUCCCCUGCAAGUUCAUUUGGUGCAAGAGAAUUUUUCUGUUUAGAAACACUUUUCAAGGUUCAUCCAGGGGCAUGCUUGGUAAUUCUAUCAAGAACUCUAGACUCCACCCAUGGCCACAGGAUCCUGAAACCACUUCUUGAUAGAGGGUUCAGAGUUCAAGCAGUGUCCCCAGAUUUUUCAUUUUUGCUAAAAGGUACUCCAGCUGAAGCAUGGUUUCAUCAGUUAAGGAAAGGGAAGAAGGACCCUGGUGAGAUUCCUCUGUUUCAAAAUCUAUCCAAUCUGAUAAGGCUUGCAGUUCUGUACAAAUAUGGUGGUGUAUACUUGGACACAGAUUUCUUAGUCUUGAAACCUUUAACAGGUUUGAGGAAUUGUAUUGGAGCACAAAGCAUGGAUUUGGGUUCUAAGCAGUGGACUAGAUUGAACAUUGCUAUUCUGAUAUUUGACAUGAAUCACCCACUUCUUCUCAGGUUCAUUCAUGAAUUUGCAUUGACUUUUGAUGGAAACAAAUGGGGGCAUAAUGGUCCUUACAUGGUUUCAAGAGUGGUUGCAAAACUUGGGAAAAGCCCAGGUUUCAAAUUUACAAUCUUGCCCCCUGUAGCCUUUUAUCCUGUAGAUUGGCUUAAGAUUGGUGGUUUCUUUAGAAAGCCAAAAACUCAAGGUGAAGCAAAAUGGGUUGAUGCCAAACUGAUUCAGCUUAGUGGUGAGAGUUAUGGAAUUCAUCUAUGGAACAAACAGAGUAGCAGAUUCUUGAUUGAAGAAGGAAGUGUCAUAGCAAGACUUGUAUCAGAACACUGUGUCAUUUGCAACUCUUUAUAGGAAAUAAACUGUACUACCAAGCUUUGAGUUGCUCUCCAAAACUACCACUGUAUUUUUUAUUCUUCUCAAUGUAUAGGAACAAUUUAUGUAAGACAUAGUUUUAUAUUUCUUCUUCA